GUCGGGCCGACUCCAAUGGGCGGCGCCGCGGCGACCUGAAGUUCCCGGCGGCCCGUGCGGCGGCGGUGGUUGGGUGGUAAGAUGGCGGCUGUGAGUCUGCGGCUCGGCGACUUGGUGUGGGGGAAACUCGGCCGGUAUCCUCCUUGGCCGGGAAAGAUUGUUAAUCCACCCAAGGACUUGAAGAAACCACGUGGAAAGAAAUGCUUCUUUGUGAAGUUUUUUGGAACAGAAGAUCAUGCCUGGAUCAAAGUGGAACAGCUAAAGCCAUAUCAUGCUCAUAAAGAGGAAAUGAUAAAGAUCAACAAGGGUAAACGAUUCCAGCAAGCUGUGGAUGCUGUUGAAGAGUUCCUCAGGAGAGCCAAAGGGAAAGACCAGACAUCAUCCCACACCUCUGCUGAUGACAAGAGUCGGCGUAAUUCCAGUGAGGAGAGGAGUAGGCCAAACUCAGGUGACGAGAAGCGCAAACUUAGCCUGUCUGAAGGGAAGGUGAAGAAGAACGUGGGAGAAGGAAAGAAGAGGGUGUCUUCAGGCUCUGCAGAGAGAGGCUCCAAACCCCCUCUGAAAAGAGCCCAAGAGCAAAGUCCCCGGAAACGGGGUCGGCCCCCAAAGGAUGAGAAGGACCUCACCAUCCCUGAGUCUAGUACCGUGAAGGGAAUGAUGGCUGGACCGAUGGCCGCGUUUAAAUGGCAGCCGACUGCAAGCGAGCCUGUCAAAGAUGCAGAUCCUCAUUUCCAUCAUUUCCUGCUGAGCCAGACAGAGAAGCCAGCUGUCUGUUACCAGGCAAUCACAAAGAAGUUGAAAAUAUGUGAAGAGGAAACCGGUUCCACCUCCAUCCAGGCAGCAGACAGCACAGCCGUGAAUGGCAGCAUCACACCCACAGACAAAAAGAUAGGAUUUUUGGGCCUUGGCCUCAUGGGAAGUGGCAUCGUCUCCAACUUACUAAAAAUGGGUCACACGGUGACUGUCUGGAACCGGACUGCAGAGAAAUGUGAUUUGUUCAUCCAGGAGGGGGCCCGCCUAGGAAGAACCCCCGCGGAAGUCGUUUCAACUUGUGACAUCACUUUCGCCUGUGUGUCGGAUCCAAAGGCAGCCAAGGACCUGGUGCUGGGCCCCAGUGGUGUACUGCAAGGGAUCCGCCCUGGGAAGUGCUAUGUGGACAUGUCAACGGUGGAUGCUGACACAGUCACUGAGCUGGCCCAGGUGAUUGUGUCCAGAGGGGGCCGCUUUCUGGAAGCCCCAGUCUCAGGGAAUCAGCAGCUGUCCAAUGAUGGGAUGCUGGUGAUUUUGGCAGCUGGAGACAGGGGGUUGUAUGAGGACUGUAGCAGCUGCUUCCAGGCAAUGGGAAAGACCUCCUUCUUUCUAGGUGAAGUUGGGAAUGCAGCCAAGAUGAUGCUCAUCGUGAAUAUGGUCCAAGGGAGCUUCAUGGCCACCAUCGCUGAGGGGCUGACCCUGGCCCAAGUGACAGGCCAGUCACAGCAGACACUCUUGGACAUCCUCAAUCAGGGACAGUUAGCCAGCAUCUUCCUGGACCAGAAGUGCCAAAAUAUCCUGCAAGGAAACUUUAAGCCUGAUUUCUACCUGAAAUACAUUCAGAAGGAUCUCCGUUUGGCCAUCGCACUGGGCGAUGCCGUCAACCACCCAACUCCCAUGGCAGCUGCAGCCAACGAGGUGUACAAAAGAGCCAAGGCACUGGACCAGUCUGACAACGACAUGUCUGCCGUGUACCGGGCCUACAUACACUAAGCCGUUGGCAUCCCGCCCCUCCCGUCUUCCCACUGGCCCCUCUUCCUGAUGUGGGGCCAGGGUCCCAGGACGUGGCUCUGGACCAGUCCACCUGUCUCCAUUUCCUUUAUACAGACUCUGAGACUUGCCGUCAGCACAGCACACAGCAGCACCCUCCCCUGUGGCCCUGGGGAGGGAGGGGUGUCAGCAGGGUUGGCUCGUGAGGAAGCUGUUGUGCUGGACACGGGCCCCAGACUAGGAGGCCGUGUGUUCUCACACGUGUGCUCAUGUACACACACACACACACACACGUGCACACACUGGCUCUCACCCCAGGAUAGAAACUGCCCAGAAACUGCUGCCUGGCUUUUUUCUUCUUCCAAGCUUGUCUUAUCUCAGACCCUUUCCGGUUGAGGAACUAGAAUCAACAGUGAGAGUUGGAAGCCUUCCCACAGCUUCCCCAGAAGAGAGGCUUACGUGUCCCCCGCUGGACCCCUGCAGGUAAAGGCUCUGGGCCAAGAUGAACCAGCAGAGAGACUCCUGAUGGAGGCUCCCACGGGCCCUCCAGCCGCAGGUGACCAGCUAUCAGCACGCAGCUAACUCUGUCAACGCCUUUGUGGACUGAGACGAGACUGACAGUCCCACACAGCAGGCUUUGGCUCCACAAGAAGAGCAGCAAGAGGCCAGCCUGUAGGUGAGCACAGCUGCCAGGCUCCCCUCACUGCUGCUCAGCACCCGCCACAGAUGCCACCAUCACUCGCAAGCCUCUGCCAGCCUGGGGUCCUGGCCGCCCUGCAGUGGGAGCUUGCUCCUUACCAGGCUGUUUUAGUGUUUGGAUUUGCAUUCCAGCCCUUGGGAAGGGGGUCCUGAGGGCGCCAGUGAGCAGUGAAGAGGAGGGGUGGCUUCUUCCUGUUUCCGUUAUGCCACAGUCUCUUCACCUGGCUCUGCAGAGCCACUCUGAACCGGCCCACCUGCCCCAGCCUUCCCUGCACAGUUCCCUGCAUGCCCCACCUCUCUAGAGGAACUCUCCUUCCUCCCCUUUUCCUCCCACAGAGGUCUGUCUGUCCUGUCUUUUGGCCCAGACCCAGCCUGACCAACAAUGAGCAUUUUUCUUGGGCUCAGCUCUUGAUAGGGAACGGGUAUCUUCGUUCCAGCCAGCAUCAUGGUCUUUGGUGCUUCCUGGGCCCCGGGUCUGUUAGGAUGGAAGAGAACUGGGUCUAAUGUAGCCUGGACUAGUUGACCCUCAGGUGGAGCUGGGGUAUCCUCAAGGCCCUGACAUUUCUCCUUGGAUGGGGACCAGAAGGGCUUAGAAUGUUGCGUGAGAACAAGGAGAAGUCACCCACAGGAUGUCAGCUUUUUCUCCCUCAUGGUUUGGGUUUUCCAAAGUCACAAUUUGCCCGAGGUCAGCAUUUAUAGUGAAGUAUAUGUAACUAUAUAUAUAAGGUGGCCACACUGGUGUGGGGUCUCUCCCCCUCACAACCUUGGCCCUUUUCCACUCUAGAAUGGAGGACGUGGGGUGGGGGCAGAGAAGACGCCCUGCGGUUCCGCACAGUUGUCUGUCUGAACACAGCCUGUCCUAGUCCUGGAGGACACAGAGGGUGGGGUAGGGGAAGAUGCUGUAAUGAAACCGGUUAGUCAAUGUUGUCUUAAUAUUGUUGACAAUUCUGUAUAGUUCCUUUUUAUGAAUAUUUCUGUUUAAGCUAUUUCAUCUGUUUUGAAACCCUUCCCUUUUAAGGAGAAAAUGUGACACUUGUGAAAAGCUUGUAAGAAAGCCCUCCUUCCCUUUUUUCCUUUAAGCCUCCUUUAAAUGACAAAUCUAGGUGAUUAAGGUUGUGAAUUUUUAUUUUUGCUUUGUUUUUAAUGAACAUUUGUCUUUCAGAAUAGGAUUGUGUGAUAAUGUUUAAAUGGCAAAAAAAAAAAAAAAACAUGAUUUUGUGCAAUUAACAAAGCUACUGCAAGAAAAAAUAAAACAUUUCUUGGUAA